GCCCGGCGGCCCGCGGGGCACACUGGGAGCCGCCCGGGCGAGCGCACGGGGCUGUGGUGGCGGGGGGGGGGGGGAAGUCGGCGACCCCCAGCAGCCGGCCGCCAUGUCCCUCAACAAGUCGAUGCACGCUCGCAACCGGUACAAGGACAAGCCGCCCGACUUCGCGUACCUGGCCGGCAAGCACCCCGAGUUCCGGCAGCAUGUACAGACCACCCUCUCCGGCAGGGUGAGCCUGAACUUCAAGGACCCCGAGGCGGUGAGGGCUCUGACGUGCACCCUGCUGAAGGAGGAUUUCGGGCUGACGAUUGACAUCCCCCUGGAGAGGCUGAUCCCCACCGUACCCCUCAGGCUGAACUACAUCCACUGGGUGGAGGACCUCAUCGGCCAUCAGGGCGCUGACAAGGGUGUGCUGAUGCGUGGGAUCGACAUAGGGACAGGAGCAUCUUGCAUAUACCCAUUGCUUGGAUCAACUUUGAAUGGCUGGUAUUUUCUUGCAACAGAAGUGGAUGAUAUGUGCUUCAAUUAUGCCAAGAAGAAUGUGGAACAGAAUAACUUGUCUGAUCUUAUAAAAGUGGUUAAAGUACCACAGAAAACUCUUCUAAUGGAUGCACUGAAAGAAGAAUCUGAGAUCAUUUAUGAUUUCUGCAUGUGCAAUCCCCCCUUUUUUGCCAACCAGCUGGAAGCGAAGGGAGUAAAUUCUCGAAAUCCACGGCGUCCUCCUCCAAGUUCUGUAAAUACAGGAGGGAUUACAGAAAUCAUGGCCGAGGGGGGAGAGCUGGAAUUUGUCAAAAGAAUUAUUCACGAUAGUCUACAACUGAAAAAGAGGUUACGAUGGUACAGUUGUAUGCUGGGAAAGAAAUGCAGUUUAGCACCAUUGAAAGAGGAACUUCGAAUCCAGGGGGUUCCUAAAGUUACUCACACUGAAUUCUGUCAAGGACGCACCAUGAGAUGGGCACUGGCAUGGAGUUUCUAUGAUGACGUACAAGUACCUUCACCUCCCUCUAAAAGAAGAAAAUUAGAAAAACCUCGGAAACCAAUUACAUUUACGGUCUUGGCUUCUACAGUCAAAGAGUUAUCCACCAAAGCUGCAGCUAUGGGCUGGGAUGCUGUAGAAGCCAUUGCUGUUGUUAGAGCCUGGGUAGAGAAGAUUCUUGCUGAUCUGAAGGUUCAGCAUAAGCGUGUUCCCUGUGGAAAAGAUGAAGUUAGCCUGUUUGUGACUGCCAUUGAAAACUCCUGGAUUCAUUUGAGGAGAAAGAAACGAGAGAGAGUAAGGCAAUUACGAGAACUUCCUCGAGCUUCUGAAGAUGUUCUUCAAGCAAUGGAAGAGGAAAAAAACGGCCAGAAAAGUGUGAGCAACAGUUCAGACUGUGAAAAACCCAAGACUGAAGACUCUGAAACAGGGUUUAUGGCACCUGAUGAGGAUGUCCACUUGACCGCAGGUGACAAGCUAACGGAAGAAUCUGCUGACAAAGAACAUAGUGAGCAUGUGGAGGAGGAGGAGACAGAAGCAAAGCAGGCGGAAAUGUCAUGUAACAAAGGUUCCAGUAAUGCAAAGGAGGAACUUCAGCCUUCGGAGGAAGCUAGCAAUCCAGCAGUUGAAAAAGGGCAGAGUCCCAAAGAAGCUAGUAGAUGUUUUCUUUUUAAGUGUUUAAUGAAUGUGAAGAAAGAAGGAAAUGAUGUAUUAGUAGAAAUGCACUGGGUUGAAGGACAGAACAGAGACUUGAUGAACCAGCUGUGCACAUACUUAAGGAACCAAAUUCUUAGACUAGUUGCUGGUUAGCCCUUUUUCCCAUUUUGGUAGAAUGAGUCCUCAAAUUUUGUAAACUUUGUAAUGGUCUAACAUUUUCAGUCAGCAAAAAAAAAUUCCCCUUCAAAAUUAGUAAAAUGGAGAUAUUUUAAAUAUAUUUUUUUAAACUUGCAAGGAGUACAUGAAGUAUCACUUCAUGUCCAAUGAAAUGCUGGGAAAUAAUAUCUCUUGUGCUUCAGUUGUAAAACAAAAUGUUACAGUGCAACAUGUCUAUGCUGUGACCAUUUCAAAUAUCAACAGUGCUCAUUCUGGUCUUUUUUUUCUGAUGCAAAAGAUAUAUAUAUUGUUACCAAGUAGGAAUCUUUACUGAAACAUUUUCUUCAAUGUUUUUCAUACUAAUGCAGGAAAUUGUUACCUGCCUUGGGAAUUGCCUUCUGCAGCUGAGUCCUCAGCAGAAGGUUUAAGUAUGCCUCAUAAUGCGUUUACCUUUUGGGCUACAGAGCAGCAAGAUGGGUAUAUCCUCCAAAUGAUGUCAAAUCAUUUAAAAAAUCACUUUAGAAACACGAUAUGAUGUAUUUUUCUGGUGUUUGGGCUUUGAAACACUGAAGAACUCACUGUAAGUGAGCAUCUGUUUGUAUAAACUUCAUUUUAAUGACUAAAUAUUGAUGUCACUGGAGAGGUUAAAUUAGUUGUACACUUUCAGAAUCUGAAGAGAUUAUUUCUGGCUAGGUGACUUAUUAAAAACAUAGAAGGCAAGUC